AUGAUAUUUCCAGUUACACUCAUCCCUGGAUAUACUCAUUCUUUCCUCCUUCUCCUGUUCUUCACUUUCAUAUCUCUGGUGGUCUUCCUGAUCACUCUCAAUACUGGAUUCAUUCAUCCUUUCUUGCAUCAUCUGUUCUUCUGCUUUCUCUUCCUCCUCCUUUUCCCUAAUUUCAUGCUCUCUUUUCGCUCAUCACUUCUAAUGAACCUUCCUUCUGUUUCAAAUAGACACAGCGAAAGACUAAUGACCCACAGAAUUCCUCUCUCCAAUAAUGCCUACACAACCAUUCUCAGUGAGUAUGCCCUGACCCUGGAUGCCUAUGAAGAGAUAAAGGAUGCUUUCUCUGAAUCUCUCGAUGCAGCCCUGCAAGAGGUAUCUCGGACAGACAAAAUCAUCCUCCUUGGAGAUUUUAAUGCUAGAGUUGGCUCCAAUAUUCUCCAGCCUGAAAAGCCAAAGCCACCCCUACACUCAAUGUUGCCUGUCUUGAACAAGCAUCAAAAUGAGUCGAACUUACUCAAUGUCUGUCAAUCACUCCUAGCACCUCCCACUGAUGUUAAUGAUCAGCAGGAAAUUGACAGUCUAUGGGACUCCACCAUCCUAGCUAUUCGUACUUCUUGCAAUGCCAUAGCACCUGUUCGUUUCCCUGAUGGUUCUACUCUGCUCAAGGAAAAAGAAGAAAUCCUAGCACGAUGGGCUGAGCACUUCAAGGAACUUUUAAACAGAGACAUGCUGAUUGAUUCUUCAGCUUUAGACGAACUUCCGACUCUCCCGGGCCUCCUUGAGCUGAACUCUGUUCCAACAUCAGAUAAAAGUGGCACGCUUCAAGGAGGGGAGGUGAGAAGCACUCGAAGGGAGGCGAUACCAGUGUCAUCUGCAGCCUGCCAAUUCCGCACCGUGCAUGUUUCCCUGCCACCUGUGCCUGAGAGCUUGUCAUUCAUGGAUUGGGCUGCUGUCUCAUUUGGAAGCUCACAGAAGACGGACAUAGAAGGAUGGACAGUGUCGUCGUCAGCAAUGACGGACAGCCAAGAAGGAUGGAAGGAAGGAUAA